AUGGUCACCGACUCGCCCCCCCCGAGAAAUGGAUUUCUUACACGACUCCGAUCAAAGACUUCUUCGUUAUCGCUUCCUGGUUUACGGACGCCCCGGAGGAGGACAUUGACCGACUUUCAUAUUCAACUGGACGAUCCCCAUAGGGUGUACUCGGCAAGCGAUGUUGUUAAGGGUUGUGUGUGCGCUAAAGUUGAGCGGUCGUUGACACUCACUCAUUUGGUGGUCAAUCUUAUUGGUAGGGUGGAUUUGCAGGCUUCGCCGUCCACGCGGGAAGGUGGGGGAAAGAGGGGAAAGGAAUGGGAAGAGGAAUUUGAUGGGCUAUCCGGUGGCGUCACGUUAUGCAGGGACGAGAUGGUGCUGUGUGGGGAGGGGAGACUUGAGCCUGGGGUUUACAAGUUUGGCUUUGAGUUGGAUUUUGUGCCUGUUGGAAAGUUGGCCGGUGGGCUGCCGAGUUCUUUGGAUGUUAGUCUCCCGUGCCGUGGAUGCUCUUCUUCCCCGGAAGGCAAAUAUGGUCUGGAACUGACGGUGGUUUAGUUUGAGAAGGGCUCAAUAUCGUACAGAAUAUCGUCAACGCUGACCCGACCUACUACCAUCUCGCCCACAACUACAUGCAUUACGAGGCUUUCGUUCGUGGAGACGAUUGAUAUCGCUCGCUUGCCCGCUCCGAAACCCCGGGUUAUAUCUCUCGAGCCAAUUGUAUCCAAAAAGUCACGGAGCAAACAAAGACCUUCUUCCCCAACACCCGGGGCCGGGAGGGAUCAGUCCGCUACGUCAUCACCAAACAACUCGAAUGGAAAUCUACCAAACACCGAGACCCGAGCUCCAUCGCCGACGCCAACAGUGAACCCAUCACAAAUGCUGCGAUCGAAAACUAUUACUGCAUCGAUAGCACUAAUGAAAGCAGGUGCCUUACGCGGGGACAAUAUUCCCGUGAAAAUUUCGAUACAUCAUAACAAGCCGAUCAAGUCCUUAAAUGGUAUAAUACUGACUCUCCACCGACAAACGAGAUUCGACCCUCCUUCGCGCGGCCAUCCUCCACUAAAGAAGGCGCUCUCAUCGGCCGCUGGUGGAGGGACCUGUGGUGGCACUUUCCGUAAGGACCUGGCACAGACGGUAUUGCCAUUGAUGAUUGACCCCAAGUCACUUAUGACUGUCGUCAGAGCAAACUUGCGAGUUCCCGAGGACGUUUUCCCGACCAUCGUCAAUGUGCCGGGCGGCGGUGUCUCUUUUAGGUAUUAUGUGGAGGUUGUGGUGGAUCUUGGUGGAAAGCUGAGUAGCAGGGAUGACUUUUUCAAAGGUGCAUCCAUACCAGGGUUGCCCAGGCCGGGUACAGGUGGGGAGAAAGAUGCUGGUGGUGCCAGUGUUGGGAUAGCGGUGGAAGGGGGGGUUAUGGUGGAGACGGAGAGGAUAAAGAGGGAGAAGAGGAUCGUGUUUUGCAGAUUCGAGAUUGUUAUUGGAAGCGUUGAUUCGAUCGGUGGAAAGGGUCGUAGGGGAGGUGUUUUGGCCAAGAGUUUAACGCAGUCACAAACUGUCGAGGAGGAGGAGGAUUCUGAGGUCAAUGACACUGAUCCCUCUACACCAAGAUGCCUGUCGCAUUCGCAUAUGGAGGCGGGUGAUGCCCCGGAUCGGAUGGAGGGGGAGGCCCCUGAAUAUUUCCGACAUGAACGGGUAGAUGGGUCGCUGUUACUACCACUCGUACCAGGCGAGACUAGGCUCGAGAGCCCGAUGGACGAGAAGACCUACCUGAGACUUGCAGAGGAGCAGUUGCUGCCUAGUGCCCCUCCUAUGGACUCCUCCCUAGCAGCAUGCAGCUUCCACCCCUCUGCUCCACCCCCGGGCAUGGACGAUACCCAAAUGGCGGAAGACGACAAACUAGAAAUGGAGCGUCAAAGACUCCUCCGAGCCGCUAGUGCCCCUCCAGCGGGAUUCAUUGAGUCAUCGGAGACAGCAAUACCAGCCCCUUCGGCACCAAUCCUUGAAGACGAAUGCUAUGAGGGGCCACCCCGAUAUGUUCGAUGA